AUGCCGCUCUACAACUUCAAACAGAUGCACGUGGUGCCCAGCGCCGCGGCCUUCAUCGACAUCGUCCUGUCCCGCACGCAGCGCCAGACGCCCACGGUGUGCCGCAGCGGCUGGAAGAUCAGCCGCGUGCGCCAGUUCUACAUGCGCAAGGUGAAGCACACGCAGCAGACCUGGCACGAGGCCCUGACGCAGAUCCUGGAGGACUUCCCGCGCGUGGACGACAUCCACCCCUUCUACGGGGAUCUGUUGAACGUGCUGUACGACAAGGACCACUACAAGCUCGCGCUGGGGCAGCUGAACGUCGCCAGGAGCCUGAUCGACAAGCUGGCGCAAGACUACAUCAGGCUGCUUAAAUAUGGGGACUCCCUAUAUAGAUGCAAAUGCUUGAAGCGAGCUGCACUGGGACGGAUGGUCACUCUGAUGAAACGCCAGGCAGCAUCACUGAAGUACCUGGAGCAGGUUCGACAGCACAUGUCCAGGUUGCCUUCAGUUGAUCCCAACGUCCGCACACUCCUCAUGUGUGGCUAUCCUAAUGUGGGCAAGAGCAGCUUCAUGAACCUGGUGACAAGGGCAGACGUAGAGGUGGAACCCUAUGCCUUUACCACCAAGUCGCUGUAUGUGGGCCACAUGGACUAUAGGUACCUCAGGUGGCAGGUGAUCGACACGCCAGGCCUGCUGGACAGGCCCCUGGAGGAUAGGAAUACCAUCGAGAUGCAGAGCAUUACUGCACUUGCGCACCUGCGCGCUGCCAUCUUGUAUAUCGUCGACAUCUCAGAGGAAUGUGGAUACUCCAUUGCCCAGCAGGCUGCCCUGUUCCAUUCUAUCAAGCCCCUGUUCGUUAACAAGCCAGUGCUCAUUGUAUGCAACAAAAUCGAUGUGACUAGCAUGGAGAGCCUUGGAGAGAAGGACCAAAAGAUUUUGACAGAGAUGGCCAAGGAGGCUGGCAGAUUAGGAUUAUCAGGUGCAUUCCUGGAGCAUAGUGCUGAUGGCUACAAGGGGUCACUCCUGUCCAUGACAACCUUGAAGGAGGAUGGAGUGAUGGCUGUGCGCAAUACUGCCUGCGAUCAGCUUCUGGAGCAUCGGGUCGAGGCAAAAAUGAAGGGAAAGCGCUUCGGCGAUGUGCUCAACCGCAUCCGUGUUGCCAUGCCUAACUCAGGCAUAAACCCUGAUCGGCCACCAGUCAUCCCAUCGAGCGUGACGCAAGCGCAGGCGAUGGAUGAGGACAACCAGAAGAAGACGGAAAAGGACCUCCAAGAAGAGAGAGGUGGUGCUGGCGUCUACUCUGCUGACUUUCACAAGCACUACCUGUUGGAGAACGAUUCCUGGAAGUACGACAUCAUGCCAGAGAUAUGGGAUGGGCACAACAUUAUCGACUUUGUUGAUGCUGACAUUGAUGCAAAACUGGAGGAGCUCCAGCAGGAGGAAGAGGAACUACUGGCCAAGUUUGAGCGCCAACGAGCACAGUUUGGGGGCAUCCCGGAGCUCACAGCUGAGGAGCGUUCCCUGCUUGAAGACAUCCGUGCAAGGAAAGCAAAAAUCAUUGCGGACCAUCGCCGUGCAAAGGCCGUGGCAGACAACCGUGGCGUCAUUCCCAAAAAACACAAUACUGAUGGCUCACUGAACACCUCUGGAAUGAGGCGCUCCCUUGAGAGAAUGGGAAUGGACCCUUCACUUGCAGUAGAGCGCGCUCGUCGCCAGUCACGGGGAAGGUCAGCCGACAGGUCAAGAAAUGCAAGCAGUCGUGCCGCUGGUGCAGAGGAUGAAGAGAUGGAAGACGUGCCAGAGGCCAUGAAACGCGUUCACAGCACCAAGUCAAGGUCCAUGUCGCGUGGCCGUUCGCUGUCCCUGAUGGCUCCGAAGAAGGGUUCUGGGCUGAAGGAUGUCGCCAUCAAGAACAAGGCUCUGAAAAUGGCGGAUCGCGCACAGAGGAGGAUGAACAAGUUGGCCCGGCGGGGCGAGGCCGAUCGGCACAUACCAUGCCUGAGACCCAAGCACCUGUUAACGGGAACGCGCGGCAUUGGCAAGAACCAGCGCAGAUGA